UAGAAUCUGCGUGGAAUACACUGAGAAAUGUCUAUAUGCUGCAGAUUUCUGUGCAGUUUUUGCUGCUUUCACUGGAAUAUGCAAGAAAUCUGCUGCAUAAUCCGCAUGUAGCCCAUCUUCGAUUUUGGGUGACAUAAUACUGCAGCAGAUUGUGUCCGGUGUGGACGUACCUGUUGAGUCUCUCACAUUAUAGAACAUUUUGGUUUUCGCACGUCUGACAUUUGCCGCCAUUUUUAAUGUUUUGCAGGGUCCCCGAACACCUUGUUAAAAGCAUCACCUGGCAGACGCUGCAAGCCGUCAAUUUCUGCCACAAGCACAACUGUAUUCACCGGGACGUCAAGCCGGAGAACAUCCUCAUCACCAAGCACUCCGUCAUCAAGCUCUGCGAUUUUGGAUUUGCCAGAAUACUGACUGGGCCCUCCGACUACUACACAGAUUACGUGGCUACCCGGUGGUACCGUGCCCCCGAGCUUCUGGUAGGAGACACGCAGUACGGGCCCCCCGUGGACGUCUGGGCCAUUGGCUGUGUCUUUGCUGAGCUUCUAUCUGGAAUUCCACUUUGGCCUGGCAAGUCUGACGUGGAUCAGCUAUACCUGAUUAGGAAAUGUUUAGGUGAUCUGAUCCCUCGACAUCAACAGGUUUUCAGUACAAACCAGUUCUUCAGUGGAGUCAGCAUACCGGACCCCGAAAACACUGAGCCCCUGGAACACAGAUUUCCAAAUAUCUCCUCUCAGGCCUUCGGACUAAUGAAGGGCUGCCUGCACAUGGACCCCUCCGAGAGACUGACGUGUCAGCAGCUUCUGGAGCACCCCUACUUUGACAGCAUCCGUGAAGAGGCAGAUGCUGCAAAAGAUCCCGAGAAAGUCAGCAGAAAGCAGACCAGACUUAACAGAAAGUACUUCCCUGGGCUCCAGCACCUGCCGCAGCUCACCAACAGCAACCUCUUACCAGCGCUGGAGAGCAAGAAAUAUUACAACACCCGAAAAUUCAACUACCGCUUCCCCAACAUCUAAGCGGCAGAAAGAGACUGGUUAAAUAUUUAUUGCUCCUGGAACAGAACGUCAGGAAUUUGUGGGGGUAAAUGAGAGGCGGCACGUAUUCCGGUAAACAGCAGGCAUGGCCUUUGAAAGUCAUUUAUAGGAUCCGGCCGUUUAAAUGCUAAUAAACUGCGCGCUGAGGCCGAGGGCAGGUGUGAUUGUAUCUCCCACUAUGGCGCUGCGAGCAAUUCACUGCGAGCUGCUGCUGCAUAUUCCAUUACCCAUAUAGCAUCACAUCCCAAUAUCACGUGCAUUACCUGGCAGCCAUGUCUUCUGCCACAAGCAGCGAACCAGCAUCCCUAAACCAGAGUCCUAUGGGGGUCCAGACUACCAUCCUCAUGCCCGCUCAGCUCUGCCCACUCAUCGCCAGUUUCAUUCUCUUAUUACGAGUAGGAUAAUAAUCUACAUUUUUUUACAUUUACAGCGCUUUCAGAAGUGCCAUUUUCUGAGCAUUCUGGCCACUAGCACAUUUCAAGCUGAUAAAUGUCCGACAAAUGACCGGCCGACCGUCUAAUGUGUAUCCGGAUUUCAAAUUACCGGAUCCCGAGCGGUGUCCGUUAGUGGAUUUCUCCCCGCUCGCCAUUCGCAAUACAUAAGGGCACAUUUGGUAAAAGCGGCUUUUUACGCCGGUCUUAGUUUCCCCCUCCGUGCUGCCGCUAGAUUCGUCUAAUUUAUGACGAGGCGCAUCUGAGGAAGUCCUUGCGUCUGGCAUGAAAACUGCGCCAGCCCCUUGCCGGAGUAGUUUUUCACUAAUAUUUACUCUUGUUUUCAGGCGUAAUUGUUAGUAAAUCUGCCAGGGCCACGCCACCGCCUCACCGAACUGGCGGACAUGGCGUAAAACCGGACGCGCGACUAAAUAUUGUCACAUGGCAAGGUAGAAAAGGGGACUUGGGACUGUUUGACGCCUGAAAUAGUCAAGUCCCUUUAGGGGGAUCUGUGCGCCAUAACAUGAAAUCUCUCCACUCCAGCAAGGAUCUGACGUAGACUUCUGGCAUCGUGUACAACAGUUCUCCGCCACACUCAUAGGUGUGUUUUUCAAAAGUGGCGACGGUUUUGCGAAUUUAAGGAUUUUGUACAUUUCCCACCCCAAUCUUGUUGUAGUGAAGUGGGUAUUAAAAAAAAUCCCAGUACACAAUGUGGGUCGUGUUAUAGAAUACCCCAUAUUUCAGGGCUUUAUCUACGACAUUAAAAGAUCUUCAUAGAGAAAUUCGGAGAAUUUUUUUUUCCCCACAGAAGCAGUCCUAUAGGAACACGAUCCGAUAACUACUAGUGAUAGAAAAAAAAAUUCUUGGUUGUGGCAACUCUAAAUGUGGCACAUCACAACAUAAUGGAAGUGAAGGU